CUAUUAUCUAACCGAUUCAAUGAUUUUUUCCCCCUAUUAAACAAGACCGAUUAAAGAAGAAUAUUGACUAAGAUACCAAUUCAUCAACAAAGACACCAAACAAAGAUUCAACGAGAGAAUAAUUGUUCAGAUUUGAACAUCUGUUAACUAAUUAUCAUGCAUCAAUUAAUAGCAAGAAGCGUGUUUUUUCAAUUUCUCUUAUUUGCUAAGUAAAGACUUAUUUAGUGUAUUAUUUCAGUGUUUGUGACUUCAUAUUAUACUAACUAACGGUUACCGUACCAGUAGGCAGUUUUUAACCGUAUGCAAGGAUUGAACUAUAUUUACUGUACAAAAUUCUCUACUCCAAAAUGAAUAACUUAUUUUCCUACUUUUAUAAUUAAUUAAAGAGUAGUAGCUUUCUUACCAAAAAAAAAAGUAGUAGUAGCUUUCCAAAGAAAUAAAGUAAAAAGUAGUAGUAAUGAGGAAAAGGCCAAAAGGGUGAAUGUAGAGAAAAUUUGCGUCGGGAACGACGCCUCCUCCGACUCACCCCAACAAAUCAGCCGUCCUUCCGACCGGCCGUCCUCCCACCAUCUCCGCUCUAACCUAUCAAUAAUAAUCAAAUUUAAUAAUCCACGGCGGUAAAAUAGAAAGAAAGCAAAGGGAACAAUUUCCUUCCACCGGCAGCCACUUCACACUUCUUCUUCGUGCCGGCCUCUAACCCAACCGGCCAUUCCUCCCUCCCUCUCCCCACCAAUAAUUGUCCGUAGAAAAUACAAAGUCCAAAACUUAUUUAAUAUUACAGAUUUGAUCUGACAGAGACAAAAACAAAUAAAAUGCGGAAGAGAAUAUAUUGAAUUCGAAGUUUCCGCUUUCCCCUGCAACUCCCUCCUCGCCUCUUCCUUCCUCAAUCAUUCUCUCUCUCCCUCCCUCUCUUUCCAACAACAACAACAACAACAACAACAACAAUGGCGUGGUGACUGAUUUCGGCGGAAGAUUAACAGAGAUAUGGCUGCCAAUGCGACUGUCAGAGCUUCUGUCAGACACUUUCAGAGUCCUCAUCCUUCCUUGGCUCUUCCUCAUCCUCCUCCCUUCUCUGCUUCUUCGUCCACCACUUCUUCCCCAGCCGCUUCUCCUUCCUCGUCUUCUUCUUCUUCCUCUUCUUCCUAUUCUUCUGCUUCCAGUGCUAGAAACGGCAGCGGCAAUGGAGCUUCUCAGAAACAGCCACCACAACAGCAGCAGCAGCAGCAGCAGCAGAGCAGUGGUUCGUCUGUCAGGAAUAAGGCUCCUUCCGGCGCUUCCCCCGGCAGCCGGCGCUCCGUCACCCCGACUGCUUCCCAUUCUCAGCGCUCGCCCUCGCCUUCCUCGUCGUCUUCUCACCACAAUAAAGACAAUGAUUCUGGAAGAGUGAGACUUGCAGUUAGAGUACGGCCUAGAAGUGCGGAUGAGGUCCUUUCAGACGCUGAUUUUGCUGAUUGUGUUGAACUGCAGCCAGAGCUGAAGCGGUUAAUUUUAAGGAAAAACAACUGGAGUGCCGAGUCGUACAAAUUUGAUGAUGUUUUCACAGAAACAGCCUCUCAAAGGCGUGUAUAUGAAGCUGUUGCAAAGCCCGUGGUUGAGAGUGUAUUGAGCGGAUACAAUGGGACAGUUAUGGCUUAUGGUCAAACGGGUACUGGGAAAACUUAUACCAUUGGCAGAAUGGGAAAGGGUGAUACAUCUGAACGAGGCAUCAUGGUUAGAUCUUUAGAGGAUAUACUCUCUGGUACUAGCUCUAGCUCUGAUGUUGUGGAGAUCUCAUAUUUGCAGUUGUACAUGGAAUCCAUACAAGAUUUGCUCGCGCCCGAGAAAGUCAAUAUCCAUAUCAACGAUGAUCCAAAGACCGGAGAAUUGUCUAUACAUGGUGCUACGUUAGUUAAACUCCGCGACCUUGAUCAGUUUUUGGAGUUGAUGCGGAUAGGGGAAGCAAACCGUCAUGCAGCCAACACAAAACAAAAUACUGAAUCUUCACGUAGUCACGCAAUUUUGAUGGUCUUUGUACGCAGAUCCGUCCCCGAGAAAUUAGAAGAUGAAAUCAGUGUGGUGUCUGAUCUACCUCAAGGAAAUGGCAUUUCUAAAAUUAGAAAAAGCAAGAUGCUAAUUGUUGAUCUUGCCGGUUCUGAAAGAGUAGACAAAUCAGGCAGCGAAGGUCACUUACUUGAGGAGGCAAAGUUCAUUAAUCUUUCUUUGACUUCCCUUGGGAAAUGUAUAAAUGCUUUGGCUGAAAACAGUCCGCAUAUACCUACAAGGGACUCGAAGUUGACCAGAUUACUGCGUGAUUCUUUUGGAGGUUCUGCGAGGACCUCACUAAUUGUGACAAUCGGGCCAUCUGCACGACAUCUUGCAGAGACCAGCAGCACAGUUCUGUUCGGACAGCGGGCAAUGAAAAUUGUAAAUAUGGUGAAACUUAAAGAAGAGUUUGAUUAUGAAAGACAAUGCCGGAAGCUUCAGAUUCUGGUAGACCAGCUAACCGCGGAGAUAGAAAGGGAGCAGAAAUUGAGGGUUACUGAAAGAUAUGAUUGUGAAAGGCAGGUUAAUGAAUGCCGGGACUCUUUAAAGAAUGUUGCAAUGAAAUUUGAGUUCGUGGAGAAGGAGAAGACUCAUAUGGAGGUUCAGAUUAAAGACAUCUUAAAUGAAUUGGACAACCAAAAGGCUCAAAAUGGUGGACUGCGUGAUAAGGUGGCACAGCUGGAAAUGAGCUUGAGGCUUAGCCAGCUUGAAAAUUCGACAUAUCAAAAAGUGCUUGCUGAAACCACUCAAAUGUAUGAGGAGAAAAUAGCCGAGUUUAAGAAACAGCUAGAAGACGAACAUGCUUCACAUGAAAGUGCCGAGGAAGAACUAAAUAUGAUGAAGGAACUCCUAAAUGACCGUCAUUCAGAAGUAAAGCAACAUGAGAUGGAAAGCUCUAUGUAUCAGAAGGCACUUGCAGAAACCACUCAAAUGUACGAGAAGAAAGUAGAGGAGUUAAACAAGGAGCUUGAAGAGGAGCGUGCUCAUACUUCCAGUGCUGAGGAACAAUUAGAGUUGACGAACAAGCUCCUAAUUGAUUGCAAAAAGUCAAUCCAGAAACAUGAGGCAGAAAACUGUUCGUUCCAGAAAGCACUUGCAGAAACUACACAGAUGUAUGAGAAGAGAAUAGCGGAGCUAAUCGAGCAACAUGAUGAUGAGAAGGCUAAUUGGAAGGAAUCAAAACCUCCGAGUGAUCAAAAGAACGUAAUGCAGGAUACAUAUGAUAUGGACGGACCCCGGAUAAAGUUUGAAGAAGUGCCCCACCUUCAUGCAAAUAGUAAAACUGAGCUUGAAUCCUUGGAGUCUGAUUACAAAAAUGUCUUGCAAGAAAAGGCAAGAGUAGAUGAAGAACUUCGGGAAUUGAAACAAAGACUUGAAUUGGAAGAGAAGCAAAGGAAGAAUGUUGAGAACGAACUGGCCAAAAUAAAGAAGAGCGCACCUGAAAUCGAAAAUGGUUACGGGGAUACGUCAUCCAUGAAGGAAAAUAUUGGUAAACCUUCUUCAGCUAAUAAACUUCCAGCAGGAGUACUCAAGUCAGGCCCUCUACGGGAAACACUAUCGGGUCAGAGGGCAUCAAUUGCAAAGAUGUGCGAGGAAGUCGGGCUUCAAAAGAUACUGCAGCUAUUGGCAUCUGAUGAUCCUGAUGUCCAAAUCCAUGCUGUGAAAGUGGUUGCUAAUCUUGCAUCUGAAGACAUAAAUCAAGAGAAGAUUGUGGAGGAAGGAGGUUUAGAUGCUUUACUUAUGUUGCUGAAAUCUUCGUUAAACACGACUAUACUUCGUGUGGCUUCUGGGGCCAUUGCCAACUUAGCAAUGAAUGAUCUGAAUCAAGGAUUGAUAAUGAGCAAAGGCGGCGCUGAGCUACUGGCGGACACAGGAACUAGAACAGACGACCCACAGACCCUCAGAAUGGUGGCGGGUGCCCUUGCCAACUUAUGUGGAAAUGAGACAUUACACUUGAUGUUGAAGGAAGAUGGAGCAAUAAAGGCACUCUUAGGAAUGGCCAAGUGCGGGAACAACGAUGUAGUUGCACAGGUCGCCAGAGGAAUGGCCAAUUUCGCUAAGUGUGAAUCCCGAGCCACCCUUCAAGGACACAGGAAAGGGCCUUCACUUCUGAUGGAUGAAGGCGCUUUGGAGUGGCUGAUCGCUCAUUGCACCACGACUUCUACCUCUACGAGACGCCAUGUUGAGCUCGCCCUGUGUCAUUUGGCCCAAAAUGCGGGGAAUGUCAAGGAGUUCGUAUCAAGUGGAGGGUCCAGAGAACUGGUCAGAAUAUCGCAGGAAUCGGCUAGAGAAGACAUUCGCAGCCUUGCUAGAAAGACUAUGAAAAUGCAUCCACAAUUGUUGUAAAAAGUAGAAAAGAUACUGGUCUAAUCUCAUUCUAGGUUUUUCUUUUCACCCAGGUACUUUAAGAGACAUAAUAUGUAAUCCACAAGUAGAGAUGAUCCAUUUGACUUGUACGCUUCUUUGCUCAAUCGUUUCCCCUUUCUGGCAGAGUUAAAUUAAUUCAAUAUUUUUGG